UCUUUUUUGUCAGAGAUUACAGCAUCAUUCUUCUCUUUUAUAUAAUUUACUAAGACACAAUCACUUGAGCUUGAUCCAAGAAGCGUUGACAUUCAAAGUUUUGUCUGAAGCAAAAUGGCGAUUUGGUUUCACAGAACUUUCUUGUUGCUUCUCGUUUCUAGUUGCGCCUCUUCAGAUUUUCUUGAAAAUCCAGACUUCGAAUCUCCACCAUUGAACUUAUCUUCAAAUGCAAGCUCUGGCGCGUUCGUGUUGCUGGAUCAGAACACUACACUCCCUGGAUGGACAUUCCAAGGGACAGUUCAAUAUGUUACUUCACCUGACCUGCCUGAUUCUGGACACGCGGUUCAGCUCGGUGAAGAUGGCAAGAUCAAUCAAACAUUCAUUGCCAAAGGUGAUGAUUUAAACUACAUCCUCACGUUUGCGCUGAUCCCAGGAGGCGAGAACUGUUCCAGCUCUUCUGGUCUCAGUGUCUCUGGACCAGACAGCAAUUCGGUUUUUUCUUACAAGCAGAACUACAGUAAGGUUCCGUGGCAGAGUUACAGUCAUAACUUGGGUAAGUGGGGGAAUGGUGAGCCUAUCAACUUAGUUCUUGAAAGCCAGGCAAUAGAUUCUGAUACAAACUCCACAUGUUGGCCUAUCGUUGACACAUUGCUCAUCAAGACUGUUGGUGUAACACUGGAUCAAGACAGUGCUAACCUUUUAACCAAUGGUGGAUUUGAAUCUGGACCCGGUUUCUUACCAAACUCAACCGAGGGAGUUCUGAUUGACGCAGUGCCAAGUCUAAUCCAGUCAGCAUUAACGCAGUGGUCUGUCAUAGGAACAGUCAGAUACAUAGACUCGGAGCACUUCCAUGUCCCAGAAGGCAAAGCUGCGAUAGAAAUUCUGGCUGACACAACUCCAUCAGGCAUACAGACAGCAACAAGAGACACAAGUGAAGGUUCGAGAUACAACCUCACAUUCACAUUAGGAGAUGCCAACGAUGCGUGCAUAGGUCAUUUCGUUGUCGGUGUUGAAGCUGGAUCAGCAGCUCAAAACUUUACACUAGAGAGCAAUGGGACUGGCUCUGGUGAGAAGUUUGGGUUAGUGUUUGUAGCAGACAAAGCUGCAGCGCAGAUAAGUUUCACGAGCUACUCUGUUACAAUGACAAAAGAGGAUGUUCUUUGUGGACCUGUGAUUGAUGAAGUGAUUGUGCAUCCUCUUAGUGGAACAGCCUCGUUAAAACCCACGUGGCUGCUACUUGUUUUAGCUUUGUUGUAUGUUGCAGUUCUCUGAUUGAAUCUGUUUGGGAGAGAUCAUAAACACUUUAUUUUUGCAAGAAGAUGUGUGAACACAUUGAUUUA